UGUUCUAUUCCAACAACUUCUCGACCGACCGAACGACCGAUUGACUGCGCAAUCCUUCCGCGCCUUCUGUCUUUACUUUUCGGUCGCACGCUCUCCGUUUUUUCUGACAACCUUUCCACCUUCUCCUCACCCUCAUCACAUCCACCACAGCGACCAUGUCUCGAGCGAACCCCCCUAACGCUGCGGGGUCCCGCAAGAUCUCCUUCAAUGUGAGCGAGCAAUAUGAUAUCCAGGAUGUGGUCGGCGAAGGCGCUUAUGGUGUCGUCUGUUCCGCCAUUCACAAGCCCUCGGGCCAAAAGGUCGCCAUCAAGAAGAUCACUCCUUUCGAUCACUCCAUGUUCUGUCUAAGAACUCUGCGAGAGAUGAAGCUGCUGCGAUACUUCAACCACGAGAACAUCAUUUCUAUUCUCGACAUUCAGAAGCCCCGAAGUUACGAGUCAUUUCAGGAAGUCUAUCUGAUCCAGGAGCUGAUGGAGACGGAUAUGCACCGUGUCAUCCGCACACAGGAUCUUUCCGACGACCACUGCCAGUACUUCAUCUACCAGACCCUCCGAGCCCUCAAGGCGAUGCACUCGGCCAACGUGCUGCACCGAGACUUGAAGCCCUCCAACCUCCUCCUCAACGCCAACUGUGAUCUCAAGGUCUGCGAUUUCGGUCUUGCGCGAUCCGCUGCCUCUCAGGAGGAUAACUCUGGUUUCAUGACCGAAUAUGUCGCGACUCGAUGGUACCGUGCGCCUGAGAUCAUGUUGACUUUCAAGGAGUACACCAAGGCCAUCGAUGUGUGGUCGGUCGGCUGUAUCCUCGCUGAGAUGCUCAGCGGCAAGCCUCUUUUCCCCGGAAAGGAUUACCACCACCAGUUGACUCUUAUUCUGGAUGUGUUGGGCACACCCACCAUGGAGGAUUACUACGGAAUCAAGUCGCGCCGUGCUCGAGAAUACAUCCGAUCGCUCCCCUUCAAGAAGAAGGUUCCCUUCCGAACUCUAUUCCCCAAGACAUCGGAUCUGGCCCUCGACCUGCUCGAGAAGCUCCUCGCAUUCAACCCUGUUAAGCGCAUUACUGUGGAGGAAGCUCUGAAGCACCCAUACCUUGAGCCUUACCACGACCCCGAGGACGAGCCAACAGCGCCCCCAAUCCCCGAGGAGUUCUUCGACUUUGACAAGCACAAAGACAACCUGAGCAAGGAGCAGCUGAAGCAGUUGAUCUACCAGGAGAUCAUGAGGUAAACGUGGAGCCUCUGUAAAAAGACGACCUGCGAAUUUGGGGAUAUCAGAUAGACCACAACACAAACCUAUGGACACGCAAGCGAGCAAGCGCAUACAGAAUCACCAGUCGAGUUUAUUCUGCAUAUCAUGUAUCUGGCAUGAGUCUUUUGGGUCAAUCUUGCUGAUCGAGGUGGUUGAAUGUAAGGAAACAGGAUCGAGAUAUGAAAUGGCGAGAAACUGAGAUCCAGACGGGUGAUAAAGAUGAUUUUAUGAAUUGCACAUCGCAACCAUUUCUUAUUAGUUGUUAUAUCCCAAAAGAAAUAUUCAUAAUA